ACUGUCACAUAUAGUACAACUGUCAACUAGUACAUACCUGAUACCACAUACGUUGUAUUUUUGUUUGGUUUUCACUUUCCUUGUGCUAAUUUCAUUUAAAACUCCAACAACAACAUGCAAUAAGUGUGCAGUGCAACGUUAAUUAGCAAACGAGACCGUUCUACAAACGCGGGGACAUUUUAUUUCGUGUGUUACAAGUGAAAAGUGGGUGCAAUUGUGUGAAAUUAUAGGAUUUAUUCAUUCGUUUACACAUUCGACAUCACCGCAUGAGCCCCCCACUGGCUGUUGUUCGUGAUGGCGGGUGGGUCCGCGUGGUGGCGGCGUGUGGGCGCGCGCACGCGCACGCUGCGCAACCUCGUGCUCGACACGCAGCGCGCGCUGCACGAUGUCUGCGACAUGCUGCAGUUUGAUCCAGAAGUACCAGACACCGUCCAGGAGAUAUACAACCUGUCCCUUCGCACAACAGCGCUGGUGGUGCUCGGCAGUACGCCGUCCGCCAGGGCCCGUCUUCUUCACUGUCUGUUGGGACGGCAGCUGCUGCCUGAUCCUCCGCCGCGAGGGUGUCGAUGGAUUCGAAUCUCGUACGCCAGCACCACGCAGGUGCAUCUGACUCUUGGAGACUCUGACUUCAUGCUGGUGGAAGAGUUGGAGUGCAACAAGAAGCCCUGGGACACGCUCCCGGUUGAGGACCUAGUCCGCCAAGACAACGCGGAUCUCUCCAAAAUCUUAGAAGUGGAAAUCAACAACCAAUUCCUCAAAGACGGUCUUCGCAUCAUCAUACCACCAGAUUUGGACUCCGACACCGGUACCACGGACCACCUAACCCUCAAGAAGAUUUACAGUGACCUCUACUCCAAAAGGGACGCCAUUUUGAAAACCGUCAACCCUAUAUAUCUAUACGGGGUAGACAGAAUGGGGAAGAAUGUCUUCAACGAUCACAUCACCAACACCCUGAUAAUAUCUAGGAGUGAAGAGGAUUUUUGGAGUACCUUCAAUCUGUACUCUAUGAUGAAAGUUGAUGACGAUAAGGAUGAUAAGUGUGAGGUGGUGAUGGAAAGAGAUGGGAAGGGAAGGAGGGAGCCGGCUGUGUUUAACGGAGAGAACUGCCUCGAUCUCCACCAGAUCAAAGAGAUCAACCCCAACGCGCAGGUGUUGUUCGCUUUGUUCUCCGACAGCGUUGCCAUGGAAACGGAUGAGGGCACGUCGGAGAAGAGAGUGCGCAUCGGCACAGACUCUACUGAAUCUUCGGAAGGCAACAAGCCUGAGAGUGAUCAAGGGUUGAUACAGGAUGGGUUGUUGAGACGCGCCGCCGACUCGCCGGAGCAGAGGUCCCGCGAGGGCCGGCGGCGGUACGAGGAGCAGGUCGCGUUCCUCAACGAGCUGCUCGACCAGUGGGAGUUGAUGUCAACACCACCACAAAAGCAUCAAGCCAAAUCUCAAUGGGUGAUCCUGAACGACAGAGAGAUGAUGCGCUCAGCUGAACUGAAGUACUCCCACGCCGACAAGGAGAAGGAUGGGGAGAAGACCAUCAGGAGCAGGUCCCUGUUGCUGAACACCGUGGUGAAGUUCGCGUACGACUGCCUCCAGGGAUACCUGUUUGAGUACUGUACUAGGUUGAGUGAGGUCCACGUGAAGUUACUGCAGCAGAUAAUCCUGGCGUCGUUCGACAUGGCGCGCGAGCUCCAGGUGGUGCCCAAGAAGAUCCAGUACGUCGCCAGACAGGAACAACAGCUGUAUGAGACAAUCAACGAGAAAUUCACAGAAGGAGACAAGAAGCAAGAGUUGCUGCAGAUCAUGCAGGAAGUGCUGCUGGAGAUGAGGUCUGAGGUCAACAAUAUGGACUGGAGUGUAGACGAUCUCCCGUGGCACCAGGACCGUCGCUUCGUGAUAUCGAACUCUGUGUUCUACUCGCGCUCGGGCGCCUCCCCCGCGCCCCGCCACGCGCCCGAGCGGGGCCGCGGCGCGGGCGCGGACGCGGCGCGCGACGCCUCCGACGGCGAGGACGCGCUCGGCGCCGACGCCUGCAACAUCGACGACUACGACAUCAUCGCCGAUAAUGACGAUAGCUUGCUGGAGUCAUAUCCUACGUCCCGCCCAGACGACGACCUGAUCUCGUUCCCGUACAACGACAUCCACGUGGAGAACGAGUCGGGGUCGUUUCGCUGUCGAGCGGCACGCUGUGGGGCGCGAGCGGCGCCACGGCGGGCACGGGCAGCACGGCGGGCUCCGGCCUCACGUCCUGCACCAACAGCGUCAACAUCUCCGUCAAGCAGGCCUCGCUCGAUGUGCAGCAGACGGAACGUCCCCGACGAAAUCCAAACUGGUUGUCCGCAAGUUGUGUCCGACUCUCUCGAGGUCCUCGACGAGGCGAGCAUCGACGAUCCGCUCAAAGAGUUUGGCGAGCUCGUCGAGCAUCACGAAGGGGUUCUUGGCACCUGCCAGAAACAUACUGCUCUUGAAAUAUAUAGGGAGAAUAAGUACGUGUUUCUAAUAAGCAGUGUCGAUGUUGUGCAGAUGCCUGCUGUCGCUGGAGGCGUCGUGCCGGUCGGAGCUGGGCGGGCGGCCGGCGAGCGAGGCGAUGCGGCAGCUGGUGUGCGCGGCGCGCGGCGUGGACCUCGCGCCGUGCGCCUCCAAAUAGCUGCUGCGGACCCUGCUCGACUCGCUCCGGAGGCUGCUGCACAGGUCUGUAUUGUAUGCCUGCUGUCGCGGGAGGCGUCGUGCCGGUCGGAGCUGGGCGGGCGGCCGGCGAGCGAGGCGAUGCGGCAGCUGGUGUGCGCGGCGCGCGGCGUGGACCUCGCGCCGUGCGCCUCCUUCGCUGCUGCGGACGCUGCUCGACUCGCUCCGGAGGCUGCUGCACAGGUCUGUAUUGUAUGCCUGCUGUCGCGGGAGGCGUCGUGCCGGUCGGAGCUGGGCGGGCGGCCGGCGAGCGAGGCGAUGCGGCAACUGGUGUACGCAGCGCGCGGCGUGGACCUCGCGCCGUGCGCCUCCUUCUCUGCUGCGGACGCUGCUCGACUCGCUCCGGAGGCUGCUGCACAGGUCUGUAUUGUAUGCCUGCUGUCGCGGGAGGCGUCGUGCCGGUCGGAGCUGGGCGGGCGGCCGGCGAGCGAGGCGAUGCGGCAGCUGGUGUGCGCGGCGCGCGGCGUGAACCCUCGCGCCGCGUCGUGCCGGUCGGAGCUGGGCGGGCGGCCGGCGAGCGAGGCGAUGCGGCAGCUGGUGUGCGCGGCGCGCGGCGUGGACCUCGCGCCGUGCGCCUCCUUCACUACUGCGGACGCUGCUCGACUCGCUCCGGAGGCUGCUGCACAGGUCUGUAUUGUAUGCCUGCUGUCGCGGGAGGCGUCGUGCCGGUCGGAGCUGGGCGGGCGGCCGGCGAGCGAGGCGAUGCGGCAGCUGGUGUGCGCGGCGCGCGGCGUGGACCUCGCGCCGUGCGCCUCCUUCGCUGCUGCGGACGCUGCUCGACUCGCUCCGGAGGCUGCUGCACAGGUCUGUAUUGUAUGCCUGCUGUCGCGGGAGGCGUCGUGCCGGUUAAGGAUAGUAGGUGGGGAAGCGGAGGCGUGCUGCGUGCUCAGUCCGGUGUGGAGGCGCCAGGUGGCGUUACACACGACGCAGUCGCUCAGCCCGCAGCGGCUCGCCAGGGUUAUAUCCGCACAGAUCCUGGAGCGGCUGUCGGAGGCGCACGGGCGCUACCAGGCAGCGCUGUCGGCGCUGCAGGCGGCGGUGGGCGCGCGCCUGCUGCACACCGAGGACAACAAGCUGGCGCUGCGCAAGCACCACGCGCCUGCGCUCGCGCGCCUCUGUCUCGAGAGCACCUCGCUCGCCGACCUGCUGCAGCACGGCGUGCCCGACCUGGGCAGGGAGAUCGGUCGCGGCCAGUACGGCGUGGUGUACUCGGUGCGCGGCGAGUGGGCCGGCAUGUCCCCGGUCGCGGUGAAGUCCGUGCUGCCCGCGGACGAGCGGCACUACCACGAGCUCGCCAUGGAGUUCUUCUAUACUAAGAGCAUCCCAGCGCACCCCCGAAUAGUCCGGCUAUACGGGUCCAUAGUGCAGCGUCACAGCGGCUCGGGCCCGAGCGUGUUGCUCGUCUCGGAGCGGAAGUGCCGCGACCUGCACGCCGCCGUCAGGGCGGGGCUCUCCUUCGCGGCCAGGAUGAGGAUCAGCUGCGAUAUUGUGGAGGGGAUCCGCUACCUGCACUCGCUGGGGCUGGUGCACCGCGACGUGAAGAUGAAGAACGUGCUGCUGGACGCGCGCGGGCGCGCGCUGUCCGACCUGGGCUUCUGCGCCGCCGAGGCGCUCAUCUCCGGCUCCGUCGUGGGCGCGCCCGCGCACAUGGCGCCCGAGCUCUUCGCCGGCGAGUACGACGCCGCCGUCGACGUCUACGCCUUCGGGAUCCUCUUCUGGUACGUGUGCGCCGGUAACAUAAGGCUACCGUCAGCGUUCGAAACGUUUCAGAACAAAGAACAGUUAUGGAGUAAAGUUAAAAGAGGAUUGCGGCCGGAACGUCUUCCCCACUUCACAGACGAGUGCUGGGAGGUGAUGGAGUCGUGUUGGGCCUCCGAGCCAUCUCAACGAGCCCUCCUGGGCGAUGUCCAGCAGCUUGAGAGGAUACUGCAAGCAGCACUCGCGGAGGAACAAGAGAAGACACAAGUCUACGACGCAAACAGAGAGUACGAUUACUCAGACGAUGACAGUCUCUACAUGACCGGUAUCAACAAAAACUGCCUUUGAUUGAGCCCGUUAAGCCUGUUGAGUCCAAAAUCGUUUGAACGGCGAACGGGCCUUUCGAAAUAUCUGUGAUUUAUCGUGUGAUCUACAGUUUUUUUAUCGAUAAAGUGUCGAAGAUGAAGUCUCGGAAGUAUCGAUGAAACGAAUAUAUUUUGAAAUCGAAUAAAUGGGUGUUUAUUAAUGCAAAGAACGGAUUUAACGACACUAUUUUAAAAUAAUUAUAAUUAUUUUAAUGUAUGAAGCAAGUGUUCAGUUUAGCUUGACGUUGAUCAUCCGUCAAGCCAAAUCGCUUCAGGCAAAUUUGUUUAUCGCCUUUAUGAAUAUAAAGUUUGAGUUAGACACGAAAAUGUUAUGAAAUUUAAUAUAUGGGCACAUUAUUUGACCAAUCACAAAAGCACAGAAAUUAUUUUUCGGUGGUCUCUUACUAAGGGUAGUUCUAUGGAAUGAGUUGUAUGUUAUUGCGAAAUCACAUGGUCGACUAAUUAAAGUGAUUAUUUAUACAAAUCGAUAAGGAAAUUCUGUCGCAAACAAAUAUACGCUGUAUCCUCCAUUAGUAUAGAGUUCAACUUAUACCGAUGCCUACAAUGAAAUAAACUGCCAAUACAGCCCAACUAACCGCCAUUUUCAAUAGACGAUCCUAAUCCCUUUUUUGAUCUAUCUCAAAACUGGACCAAUCAGAACAAGGAUUUUUUACAUGCUUCCAAAAAGACUUAUUAUGGUUGGUUAUUAUCGGAAUUGGAUUGAAGAAUAAGAUGUAUUAAGAAGAGCGUUAAGUCGACUGAUAGUUUAAUUAUUGAACAUACUUUUUGAGAGACAUAUUAAGUUUUGGUCAGGUCCAUUUACGUGAUCAGAAGUAACGUCAUCUUGUUUUAGACUAAUAGCCAAAGGAAUAUAGAUCAAAGCGGUGGAGUUAUUGACUUCAGGCCUAUAAAAAAACAGGAUGUACAGGGAUUAUUAUUUUCUUCCAAAUUUGAACCACUCUGUAUGCUUAUAUAGCACGCCCAGGAGACUAAAAAUCUGCGCAAGGUUGUAAAAUAUGGAAAAGAAUGUACUGACAAUUUAAAAUGAAAAAGCAAAGUAGCACCUCGCAUGCAGAUUUUAUAUUUUCCUGAUCAAGCUAUAAAGGAUUUUUACCGUUAAGGGCAAGUUUCAUCAUGAACUGUGAGAAUUAAAUAGCUAUAGUCAAGACUAUAAGCGUAACCAUAAAUGUCGUAAGCCGAAAACAGGUAAUUUUGACUAUUAGUGUAAAUCAAAAACUGCCUAU